AACAGAGUAGAGCAGCCAAAGUGUCCUGUACAGCGCGAGCACAGUUUUGUUUUUCUUUACCAACAAUGGUAGCUUCUCACCCAAGUCGAUCCUUCGUCUAGAACUUGAACAAAAAUGGCGAGACUAAGCCGGGGAGGCUUCCUCUCCCUCGCCGUGAUUUUCCACCUCGUGUACAUUUACUCGAUCUUCGAUAUCUACUUCACGAGUCCGAUUGUUCAUGGCAUGAAACCGUACCGGGUCGAGGUGGAUCGCGCCCCUGCCAAAAGACUUGUUCUGUUCGUCGGCGACGGACUGCGCGCCGACAAAGCCUUCCAGUCCUUUCCAGACCCGAGUCCUCCAGAUCCCGCCAAUGCCGACCUGACCCCUCGUCCUCUGGCGCCGUUCCUACGAUCGCGAGUGCUUGAGCACGGCACAUUUGGUGUCUCGCAUACUCGAGUGCCUACAGAGUCAAGACCAGGUCAUGUUGCGCUCAUUGCCGGACUGUACGAAGAUGUCUCCGCGGUCACUACCGGGUGGAAGUUGAACCCGGUGGACUUUGACAGCGUAUUCAACCGCAGUCGACACACGUGGAGUUGGGGGAGUCCGGACAUCCUGCCCAUGUUCAAGGAAGGUGCUGUGCCGGGUCGUGUCGAUGCGGACCAUUACAAUGAAGACUUCGAGGACUUCACCUCGGACGCCACAAUGUUGGACAUCUGGGUAUUUGAUAAGGUCAAGGAGCUUUUCCAAUCGGCGAGCACAAAUUCAACUCUUGAUGCCAUGCUGCGGGACGAUAAGCUCGUCUUCUUCCUGCAUCUGCUGGGGCUGGACACCACUGGUCAUGGAUACCGGCCGUAUUCGAAAGAGUACUUGAACAAUAUCAAAGUCGUUGACCAGGGAGUCGAGGAGAUCACAAAACUAAUAGACAAUUUCUACGGUGAUGGCGAAACGGCUUACGUUUUCACCGCCGACCAUGGGAUGAGUGACUGGGGAAGUCAUGGUGAUGGUCAUCCCGACAAUACGAGGACCCCAUUGAUUGUUUGGGGUGCUGGAGCAGCGAAACCUGAGGUCUACAACAAAGUUAAAGCGCCGGGACACGAGGAUGGCUUUUCAUUCGACUGGGGUUUCGACCAUGUUCGACGACACGACGUUGAUCAGGCAGAUGUCGCAGCACUCAUGGCAUACCUUGUUGGGCUCGAAUUCCCUGUCAAUUCAGUUGGUCGACUGCCCCUAAGCUAUUUGGCAGCUAGCCCUCGUGAGAAGGCCGUAGCAGCACUUGUGAAUGUCAAACAAGUUCUGGAGAUCUAUCACGUCAAAGAGGAACAAAAGAGGUCAACAUCGCUGAAUUAUCAGCCUUAUCCAGCUUUUGCCGGCGGCAACACCACAGUUGACCGUCAAAUCUCCGUCAUCGAGGGGCUGAUAGGCCAAGAAGAAUACGAGAGUGCUGUCGAAAUGUCUUCAAAGCUCUUCAACGAUGGUCUCCAGGGUCUACGCUACCUACAAACCUAUGACUGGCUAUUUCUUCGUGCUCUGAUCACUUUAGGCUAUCUAGGCUGGAUUGCAUAUGCCGCUACCACCGUGAUUGAUCUCCACGUGCUUCACGGAGCAACCCCAGAGCACAGGACGACAGGCACCACUAUUGCAUUCUCUUCCAUUCUGGUGUUGCUAUAUUCUUUUUUCAUCAUUGAACGGUCUCCCAUCACAUACUAUGCGUAUGCUUUAUUCCCUGUCUUCUUCUGGGAAGAGGUUUUCGCCAGGAGACAGGCGUUCAUGUCUGGCUUCAAAGUCCUUUUUGGUCAUCUCCAAGGGAUUCCGGCGUACACACUUCUUGCAAUCCAGACCGUGGUGUAUCUUCUGGUUGUCGAAGGACUUGUACAAUCAUACUUUCAUCGCAUCCUGCUUAGCAUCUGCUACGUUUUUGGCGCAAUCUUUCCCGCUUUUUACGGCGUCGACUUUAUCAACAAAAAUAGAGGUCUCGUACUAUCAUGGGCAGCGGGCUGCCUCGUAUUGAGUACCUUUACUCUCCUCCCAGUAAUCAAGGUUGAAGAUGCAAACACCAUUACAGCUGGUGGUCUUCUCAUGCUAGGGGCUGGGCUAGCAUACCUCUACUAUGAGCAUGAGAUUCAUUCCAUGUCCAGAUCAGGACACCAAGGGUCCGAGCCUAACAUGGUCUCUCGAAUGCUCAUGGGGUUGCAAUUAGGGGUCAUCCUACUUGCCAUCAUCGUAACACGAUCAAGUGUCGCCUCGAUCCAGGCAAAAAAGGGUUUGCCACUAGGCAACCAGGUCGUAGGCUGGUUCGCCCUCAUCGCAUCUCUCAUCUUACCUUUCGUUCAUCGAGUGGCACCAAACCGGCAUUAUCUGCAUCGCCUUGUCAUCAUCUUUCUCACUUUUUCGCCGUCCUUCAUAAUCCUUACCAUCUCCUAUGAAGGACUGUUCUACUUCGCCUUCUGUUCCACGCUACUAGCAUGGGUACGACUGGAGCAUGCCAUUCAGGUCUUUGACGAGUCCAAGUCUGGAUCAGUAACGGCUCCUUCAGCGAAUGGAGUCACCAUUACCUCCACGGCGUUGUCUCAGCCCGCCAACCUGCACCCAGAGAAGACAUUCCGCACACUUGCGUUGACGGAUCUCCGCCGAGCUCUAUAUUUCCUCUUCUUCUUACAGUCUGGAUUUUUCUCAACGGGAAACAUUGCAUCGAUAUCAAGUUUCAGUCUCGACGCCGUGAACCGGCUGAUUCCGAUUUUUGAUCCAUUCUCUCAAGGAGCCCUUUUGCUGUUCAAAAUCAUGGUACCAUUCUGUAUCAUCUCCGCCGCUUUGGGCAUACUGAAUAGACGACUAGGUCUACAGUCCUCGGCUCUAUUCAUGGUCGUCAUGGCGCUAAGCGAUCUCAUGACGCUCAACUUCUUCUGGAUGGUCAAGGACGAAGGCAGUUGGCUGGAGAUUGGUACCACCAUAAGCCAUUUCGUUAUCGGAAGUUUGUUGUGCGUCUUUGUAGCGGGGCUAGAGGGAGUUAGUCACGCUUUGAUUAGUGGUGUUGAGGUCGAUGGCUUUCAGGACAGGGUUAAAGCCAAUGGUGGUGUGGAGGUGGUUGCGGGUACGACGAAAUCAAACGGGAGGGUCAAUGGCUUUACUAACGAAAAGAUGGCGGAGGUUGAUGAAAGACCUGUUAUCGAGUAGAUAUUGAGGUCUCGGUAUUGUACACUAUGGAGUACUGCCCCAAGAUCGAAGUGUGAAUAGUCUUUAUUAUACGAGUAGGAGGUGUAAUUUGUAUUAUAGCCAACCGAGUAUACAUAUUCGACAUUAAUCAAAGCGUGGGGAAUGUCAGUAGUCUCAUAAGGAUAACAGAUCAAAG